UAUGUAAUUGUAUAUCGUUCCUUCCUCAUCAAAAAUAUAACGUUCCUUCCCCUGCAGAAGAUAAAGAGAGAUCCAUUGACCCGAGGGACAUCAAUAUUAUCGCUCCUCCGGGGAACAGUUCUAUCUGCGAGCAAUGGCUGAGGAUGGAAGGACGAAGAAGGACAAGAAAAAGCAGGGAGGUUUCCGGACCAUGCCAUUCAUACUAGCAAAUGAAUUCUGCGAUCGAUUCGCCACCACCGGAUUCAAUUCCAAUAUGAUCACAUACUUAAUUCAGGAGCUCCGCAUGCCUAUGGUUCAGGCCUCCAACACCAUUACAAACUUCACCGGCACCUCGAGCUUUACACCGAUCAUCGGUGGUCUGAUUGCCGACUCCUUCGCAGGAUGUUUCUGGACCAUAACUGUUGGAUCCAUUAUCUUCCUGUUCGGAAUCAUUGGCCUCACCGUAUCAGCAGUCCUCCCGGGGCUCCGCCCCCCACCCUGCUCUCCUCCUUACCAACCAAAAUGUAAAGAGGCAUCCUCAUGGCAGCUCUUGGUCCUCUACUUGUCUCUCCUCUUCACAUCCAUUGGCUCUGGCGGCAUCCGGCCUUGCGUCAUGGCCUUUGGGGCUGACCAGUUCGACCUUCAUCGUCCCCAACAUGCCGCUCAAAGCAAGUGGAACUUCUUCAACCUCUACUUCUUUUGCAUGUCGAUUGCUUCGCUCUUGGCAUUGACAGUGGUGGUGUAUGUCCAGGAGAAUGUGGGAUGGGGAUGGGGCUUUGGCAUCCCUGCCAUUGCCAUGUUCUUCUCUGUGGUGGUCUUUGUGAUAGGCUAUCCCCUUUACAUUAGGAUGAAGCCUGGGGGAAGCCCAUUGAUCAGGUUGACCCAAGUCUCGGUGGCUGCCUUCAGGAAGUGGAAGGUUGUCAAGCCUGCUGACCCAAGUCUCCUCUAUGAGAACAAGGAGCUGGAUGCUGGUAUCUCCACCGCUGGAAGGCUACUCCACACCAACCAGCUAGUGUUCUUGGAUCGAGCUGCCAUCAUGGUGGAAGGUGAUACGCUAAGCUCAGGCCAGCCAAGGCUUUGGAGAUUAUCGACAGUCCACCGAGUCGAGGAACUCAAAUCAAUCAUCAAAAUAAUCCCCAUUUGGGCUGCUGGAAUCCUACUUAUAACUGCAGACUCACCCAGCCACUCAUUCGCAAUACAACAAGCAAGGUCGAUGGACCGCCACCUCACCACCCGAUUCCAAAUCCCUCCAGCAUCCAUGAACAUCUUUUCCGCCCUCUCCAUGCUUCUCAGCCUAGCUUUCUAUGACCGAGUGUUCGUUCCAGUGGCACGUCGAUUCACCAAGAGGCCAUCAGGGAUUACAUACCUGCAACGCAUGGGCAUUGGCCUGGCCAUUUCUAUAUUUGCUACUAUGUCUGCAGCUCUUGUUGAGAUCAAGCGAAAGGCAGUCGCCUCUGAUCAUGGACUGUUAGACAAGCAAAAGGUGACCGUGCCGAUCAGUGUCUUCUGGUUGAUGCCUCAGUUUGCUAUUCAUGGGCUGGCUGCAGCCUUCGUGUCAGUGGGACACAUGGAGUUUCUCUACGAUCAAGCUCCGGAGAGCAUGAGAAGCACAGCGGCAGCUCUGCACUGGCUUUCUGUAUCAAUUGGGAACUAUAUGGGAACUCUGUUGGUGACCCUAGUUCACAAUUCUACUAAGAAGAAGGGAGAUUGGCUCCAGAACAACAUCAAUAUGGGGAAGCUGGAUUACUAUUACUGGCUUUUGUCUGGAUUACAAGUGCUCAAUCUUGGAUACUAUAUUAUUUGUGCGAAGUUCUAUACUUUUAAGCCAUUGGAAGUGGUGAAGGAUGAAAAUCCUUCCAAGGUUGUGGAUGAGGAAGUCAGUGUUCGAGAGGUGGAACUCCCAAUUGGGGUGGCUAGAGAUGCCAAGGAUGCAGGCAGUUUGACACAGCGGUAGAUAUUCUAACCCUCUAUGGGUGAACCUCAUCGUUGCUAGUGGACAUCCUGUCAACAUUACAAGGAGAGUAGUAAUAAGUCUUCUUCAUCAUGAUAUUCUUUCACUGCACACGAUGUAGUGGUGCUGCUUGCUAUGUUCUCUAUUCUAAGUUGUUCAAGAUCUUAGUCUUGGAACUCCCUUUUGCUAAUUAAGCAUCAUUACCUUUGAAA